ACACACAGAUUUUGGGCGUACGGAGUGGUAGCACUAGAUGACAGACACCCACCCUGGCAUGCCAAACGCAGCUCUUGUAACCAAGAAUCAUAGCAUCGCUACAACUCAAUCCAGCACAGCACAAUAGAAUCCAAAAAGAACUCUGCACCAGAAUAGAAUAAAACCAACAGACAGGUCAUCGAUUCCAAAACCAUGAAGCCUUUGUUUUCGCGAUGCGCCCUGCCAAUGCUGCUGCUACCGAUCGCAGGUGCCGCUUCGGCUACAAACCACGACGCCCUCGUCGAGUGGCUUCAAGCGACGCCCAAAGGCUUCUUUUCCGAGAAGAUUGAGUGGAAGCAGCUUGGUUCUUCCUACCACGCCAUGUUCGCUGCGGAAGACAUUCCGAAGGACGAACCCCUGAUUGUCGUCCCCCAGUCAAUCCUGAUCACAAAGGGAACGGGAUUCAACUGCGACGCCGUCAUGAUGCUCAUCGAGGAGCUGGGAAAGGGCAAAGACUCGCACUAUUWUCCCUACAUCGAUUACCUAUUUGGCGACGGAACCAAGCAGGGGGAUCUUCCCAUGGCGUGGAGCGAUCUCGGCCAGGAAAUCCUGGACUACAUUAUCGGGGACGGCUUGUUUCCGCUGSAAUUUGAUCACCACCGGGURCAGCAGUUUUGCCCGGAGGUCACCAACGACGUGAACAACCCRAGCCAGUUGGAAGUGGACGCCUAUCUUUUUAUGAUUGCGCGRUCCUGGGACGACGUCAUGAUUCCAGGUGCGUGUCGUAGUUUUGCCACCCAAUCGACAACUUUGUCAUUUGCUGUACGCAAAUCUAUAUCUAAUAUAUUUUUCUUCCUCUUUCUGCUCGGCUACAACAUUUCCAGUCUACGACAUGGUGAACCAUCGCAACGGAAAAUGGCGAAACGUCGAGGCAACCUCGGCGCACGAUGGCAACGACAUUAACGUCUUCGCCCUCCGUGACAUCAAGGCCGGUGAGCAGCUGUAUAUUUCCUACAGCGAGUGCGACGACGAMGACUGYAKGGGACUCAAGUACAAAUACMUYACACCACAGAUCCUGGCGGACUAUGGAUUUGUGGAACAGUACCCUAGGAGAUUUCUGCUGGAACAAGACACGGAGUUGGUUGUAGAAGUAGACGUCGACGAGRCCACCGGCGACAAGUUUCUGACCUGGCCCCUCGGGCGCCGCCCGGACUUUGAUCAGCUUAACUACAUUGCUGCGCAAUCAAAACGACUUCACGAUAUGGACGAGUCCAUUGCUCGUGGCGUGGCCUUGUUAGAGUCGGACCACGAACGCGGUGUGAUUAAGGAUUAUUUCGAAGCCUACAAGGAAGCCCUGCACCUCGCGGUGGCGUACCGAGGKGAGGACGUUAGUGCUACAACCGCGAAAGCGAAGACCAACAAACAAUACGAUCCUCUCACGGAAGGGAAGGGCCCCGGGGUGGAAGGCGAAAACAUUGAGGUCUGCUGGGAAAAUCCUUCUGAUCGCGACUGGGACACUUCGGAUCUCUCGCAAUCGCAGUACCAAGAAAUCGAGUUCACGUACAACGAAGACCGGGACAACACGUGCCUACACCUGAGUGGAUGGCUCCAAACGUGCACCAACUUUCGUCCCCAUUACCACGAGGCCUUUGUUCACGUUCCGGCCCAAUACGUGGAGGACGUGAAGAGGGUAGCAUUCCUGGGCGGCGGCGACAACAUGAUUUUGCACGAAAUUCUGAAGUAUCCCAACCUGGAACUCGUGGUCGGAAUGGAACUCGACCAGCAGGUCAUUCGGUCGGCCUUUAAGAAUCUGGGUACCCUGCCCUAUUUUGACGAUCAUCGCGUGCACUGGUGGUUCGGCGAUGCCACAAAAUCGCUGUUUGCCUUGCCGGAAUCGUACUUUGGCAGUUUUGAUCUUGUCUUGGUCGAUUUGCAAACCUUUGUUGCCGAUGCCCUGAAGGUUACCGACAAACUGACCAUUAUGGACACAGCAAUCUUGCUGAUGAACCCAGACGGUGGAGUCAUUGCGAAGAACGAAGACUUCAACGUCCGUGCCAACGUAGGUUUUGCCAAGUACACGGUGGAUUUGGAAUACCACGACGUGCCACAGAUUUGCCAGCAAAGUAUUACCAUGGGAAGCAACUCGAUUGAUUUCCUCAAAGCCACUCCCAGGGCACACGAUAUCGAGACACUUACCUUUGAUUUGCCGGGRACCGAAGAAGCCGAGCCSUUCGACGCCUGGUACAGCUACCGCCAAACCGUCCGUGACACGUGCGCAGCGAACUACGACAGCAGCGAUAAUUCUACCGAGGAUGCUACCUUGAAGGACCAAAUCGGAAUCCUGGUCGUCUUGGAGGCAGAGGAUGUWAGCAAACCACUCGAUUCCCUCGCRGGGGUACAAACCAUGAUCACCUCAGCUAUCAAAGAAUUAGGCCUCACGGAGGUUUCCAUCUCUAGUGCAGCCGACGAAACCACUUUUUUCCUCAUCAUGAAAGAAGGCUAUAUUACGGCCCGUGUGUUUGCUGAAGAGAAGUACAUUGCGUUCGACGUGCUACUCUGGGAUAGAUUGGACCUCAUUGAUGUUCUCGAUGGAGUUUUGAUUGAGGCAGUUGGUGGGGACCUCGAGGAAUCUGCAUCCUCCUUCCGAUUUGUGUCGGGUGGUAUCUCGGGAUUGAAAUCUCAGCAAAUCGAUGUAYUGACAAAGGUGGCGGGAGAAACAGARGCUCUGCUGUGCCAGGACGAUGACAUCGGUGAACCURUCACURGUGAAGACAGUGCUUACGAUCACACCAUGAGUAUUAUCCUUCGUGAUUUUGUAACGACUUUURUUCCCCAACCAAAGGAUGAAGGUUCGUCUCCGGUAAUUGCUGUUAUGUGUAGCGAUAAAAGGAGCAACUGCUCGAGCUUGAACACAUUGAAGUUKAUCACSGGAUCACUUAACGUUGUUCCGAUCUACKCAUGCGAUUCGUUUGAUGACAUGCAGGCAUGCGAAAGGGAUGUUGAAGAAACGUUGAAAAGYGCUGUCAAGCAGUAUAAGAAACUGGAUGCUUUGGUAAUCGACGAGGGUCUUCCAUUUAGUAUGGGUCAGAUAAUGGAAAGUAUCUUCAGUAAUCCMGUCAGUCACARCAAGAUYAUGGAACGAUCUCACUUGAUUUUGACUCCAAGUGUAGACGGGGAAAGCUGGAGAAAUGUUAUGAUCGAUCGUUUCAGGACCGACAUUGUUCUUUUUGAUGGAGCAUACCGAGCUGAUAUUCGAUUUUCCGGAAAGAACAAACCCUACUACAAAUGGAGUAUAUUUUCUGCAUAUGACGUGGAUUUCUUUAGCAGCUUAACCUUUGCCCUUUCCUCUAUCAAGGAACAUACGAGUUUAGAGCCCGAGGUAGAAGAGGUGGCAAAUGGAAUCGUGAACUACGUCCCAGAAUUAGAUUGGCAAGAAUUCACUGAUAGUGACUAUGACAAAACUCGGUCAAAGGAACAGUGGGAAAGCCAGACACCGAUGGGUCAUCAGACCAUCUUUCAGAUGAAUGUGCAGCCUCCUAAGAUGAGGUUGGAAGAGGGCGAAAAAGUUUUGGCAGAACACGAGCCGGGUCCAUGGGAUGUCCAAUAUGGCGGGGCUGUGGUCCAAAAAUAUUUGGGCGACGAAAAGUAUUCUGUCUUAUAUGAUGGAGAUGAGGUACCAGAAGAAAUUAGUCGUGAUCAAAUCCGUAAAUUUUCGGAGGYGGACAUGGACACAUCAACCUCGUUUGAGGUUGGAGAUUUGAUAUUCUACAAAAACAAGCGUUCGAUACAUCAAAAUGGCGUAAUCUCACGGGUUGACGAUGACGGAACCUACUCGAUAUAUCUUCUCAACACUGCCGGUCAAAAAUUAUACGGCGUGCAAAGAAAUGAGUUGAUGUAUCAAUUUGAAACUGCCAACUUUUUCCAAGAGAUCCCAGACUUGUCCGCUGCGACCCUGGAAGGAGCAUUCGAAAAAGCACUAAAGACCAAAGUUGUUGGACCACAGAAACUAUCUUCCAUAAAUUCUUUUCCGAUCGGAUCAGGGGUGAUAAUGACARCAUUCUGGAAAGACGGGCACGCCUUGUUGAAAUGGGAUGGCUUGAAACGCGUAGAUGUCAACUUUUUCACAUACAAAGAGGAUUUUCCUCUGAGAAUUGCUUUCCWAGAUGUGUUCUGUGGAGAAAUCGACUACAUGAAGAGUACCACCCGUGACGAGCAUCCAAGAGGCUACGGUAGUAUUGCAAACUUCGGAAGCGAAAUUGCGAAGCCUCCGCAUUGGAUUACACAAUAGAAAAAUUUCAUCUACUGAUAGAUAUUAAUUUAUUUUUUUGAUAUGCAUCCCCCAUUUUGAGAGACAGGCCAACCUCCGUACAACCAUAUUUUUAAACAUUUGAUUUCAAGAUGAAGCUCCAAAGGGUCACCGAAUAAUAGAUUGUAGUGAAUGUA